AUGGAAAGACCAAGAACAAGAGUGAAACGGCUGAGCGAAUUGGAGAGCCCAAGAAUGCUGAGAAGAACAUAUUUGGGCAGGUGGAGUGACGAAGAGUCGGAGGUGCAUCCUAUUUUUGUGCGAGACUUGCUUCACGACCGGGCAAGACUUCUCGGAUCCCCACUCAACACUAAGGUUACAAUUGACGAGGCAUGCGAGACAUCCCCGGCCAUGCUUCGGCCUCUCCCACUGGAGGUCUGGUUGCAGGUCAUCGACGAGCUCGGUGCGGAAAGUGAAUACGACGUGUUGAGAGCAUGCUCAGAAGCUAGCGACGGGUUGCUUCGAGAGAGAGCAGAGAAGUACAUUCCAACCAAAAUGGCAUUCAGGACGAAGGAGGAGGUUGCGAACAUCAACCUGGAGUUACGCUGGACGGGUCCACGGCGGGUGCACAUCGAGGGGGGCAGGCAUGGCGGCGAGCGGCGUCCGAUUCCGCACCUGGCGACAUUCGCGUCGAGGCUCGCACCAAAUUGGACUGACGUGCAGGCGCUGACGAUCGAGAGGGCGGAGUGGCGGGCGCACGAUCUCGAUCUGCGUACCCUGCUGCUCGAUAUAGGCCGCUUCGACAGGAUCACAACCCUCCACUUGUAUGACGUCACGUUUCCUACCGUCCUGACGUUCUGGCGCCUGGUGUGCGGGCUCCCAAGCCUCACGCAGCUGUUCUUCCGUGGCGUCGAGAUUGUCAAUACCGCAGUCGAUGCACGGGCACUCUCGGCCUUGCGCAGUCUGUACACCACCAGCCUGAGCGCAGUACUGGUGCGGCCGCCCGUCGAUAUCAGCCUCGAGGAACCUGAAGCGCUUACAAAGCACUUCACUGGGCUGCCGACACAGUUCUUGCCAUUUCUCAGGGCACCGCCGUGGAGAUAUAUCCGCAAUCUGUACUUAUGGGAUCUCACACUUCCGACGCCUGCAGCCCUCGCGAACUUGCUUUAUGCCAUUCCUGCCCUCAUGGUCAUCGGCAUCGACGGACCAUGCAGGUUCUCGGAGCGUCGCUCUGACUCCACAGAAAUUUGGUCUCUGCAUCCAGAAGAGCUACUGAAAUUAAGAACCGUCGAGCUGGGCAAGAUGUUCUCCCUGUGUUCUGAUUCCCGGUCUGUGCAUGACCUCGUCGACCUCCUCUUUAGAGUUAAUUCCGAUGGCAAAUUAAAGACUAUAAAAGCUUGGCUGUCCCCAUCCCUGGGUGUAACAACAAGCAUAGACGUCGCUCUCACAAGGCUCGUUGGGCGUGCUGGCCGUGGUGUGACAAGUCUCACGCUCAAAGCACUUCCGCAAGACAGCUUAUCGCUGUUCAACCCAGCGCCAGCACAUGCAGCCCCGGGCGCAGAUCCGUCCCAUAACGUGUUCUUUCAAAGUAUACUCCGGGAUACCACCGGAUAUCUAGACAGUUAUCUCCGUCUUUCCAGAAACAACAAUCUCCAGUACCUUGACUGUUCGCUUGCAAUCACCCAUGAGGACGACUCGCCAUUCUCUCCUCUCGUGGGGUCUCUUCGCAAGGUCACAUCGGAAAGAAUAUCCCAUAUAGGCCUGUCUAUCAGCGUCACGGACGAGGAGGACCUUGCAAAGUUUUGGACUGGCCUCCUGCAGCUCGAUGAAGCCCUCUGCCGCGACAUCUUCGACAAGCUGAACGUAGUCGAAAUGCGAUUCCCUCGUGUGAACGAAUUUACAGAGGCGCACGUAGAUGCGCGAGCAAUAAUCCGUUUGAAAGUCGUGAAAUGGCAUAGUAAGGGGCUGUUCUGUCUACUUCUGCCCAGCACGCGACCAUUCGAGACCGAGAGUCUCAGAAUCCUGCUCGUUGGCGCCCAGCGAGGACAAUAUCUCCAGAUUUGGAUGCUAAUUAUUGACGAGCUCGGUGCGGAACGCGAGUACGAUGCUUUGCAGGCGUGCGUAAGAGCUGGUCAAGGAGUGCUUAAAGAAAGAGCGGAGAGGUAUUUCCCAAACGAAAUGGUAAUCAGGACGCAGGAGGAGGUUGCGAGCAUCAAGCUGGCGCACCGCUGGAAGGGACCAAGGCGGGUGCGCAUUGGAGGAGGAACGCGGCGUGGCGAGCGGCUUCCGAUUCCACACCUAGCGACGUUUGCGGCCAGGCUCGCACGAAAUUGGAUCGUCGUGGACAAACUGACGAUCGAGAGAGGCGAGUGGCGAGCGCAGGAUCUUGAGCUAUGUUCCCUCCUACUCGACUUAUCCUGCUUCGACCAGAUCAGGCAUCUCGAGCUCUAUAAUAUCACGUUCCCGACGGUCUUGACGUUGUGGCGCCUCGUCUGCGCCUUCCCAGGUCUCAAGCGACUGAGUCUCCAUGAUGUCCAUUUCGCGAAAACUGCUACUAAUUCCCGGACGCUCUCCGCCCUGCGUCUUCUGCCCGCUUCACAGGUGUGGCACUUACACCUGUUGCCACGGCCAGAGGACUCAGUCGGCGUCGAGCGCUCUGGAUCGCACUCUGCUGGUCUGGUAGCGCAGACCAUGCCGUCUCUCGACAAGUCUCCGUGGAGCAAAAUAACAAUGCUGGCGUUGUGGGAUGUCACGCUACCGACGGCUGCCGCCUUUGCCCGCCUGCUUUCUGCCCUCCCUUCCCUCAAAUGGCUCAGUAUCAUGGGGCCGUGCACGUUCUCGGAGCAUGGCGCUGAUGGCGGGGUUGUACCUCUGCGCCAGCACAUGCCAUCGCGGCUGUGCCAGCUCGAGGUGGGCAAGGAGUUUUCUGCACACUCUGAUCCCCAGUCCGUGCACGACCUCGUCGACAUCCUCAAUCACUCUGGUACUAGCGGCCGCCUGCAAACGAUCAUAGCUUGGCUGUCCCCGAGUUUGCGUGCGACAUCGAGCACAGAUGUCGCUCUCAAUGAACUAGUCAAAGGUGCAGGCCGAGCACUACGAACACUUGAUCUUCAACCCAUCCGGCAGGAUGGCUUAGCGAUGUACAACGAAGGAUCCAUAUAUGCAGCUCCAGGCGCAGCGCUUUGCUUCGAUCUCUCGGCGAAUACUCAUCUACAGGACCUGACCUUCUCAAUCGACAUCACCCACGGGGACAAUUCACCGAUCGCUCCUGUGCUGGAGCUUCUUCGCCGGGCCACGUCACCGCAAAUAUCCAGCCUCAAGUUGACCUUUUGUGUAAUGAAAAAGGCAGGCGUUGCAAAGUUGUGGGCUGGCCUCCCGAAGCUCGAUGCAGCGCUCUUUCGAGAUGCUUUCAGCAAACUCAAAAGUGUAAUGAUAUUGUUGCGUGGCGUAGACCUUUCCCAAAAGGUUCUCAAGGUUAGGGUGAAGUCAUCCUUGCCAAAUGUGGAGGCGCGGCGUGUUUUGUGUACGCGGGCACGCAGCGUCUUCCUCGGACGCAACCCGAGCGAACGUACACCCGCGCUGCUCAAUCAUCGUUCUGUACGACAAGGACGCUCGGCGACUCUGACGCCGCUUGAUCCUCUCCAGUCUGAGUGCGAUCAGCUAUCGAGACCGGUUGCACUCAUUACCUCCUCGAAUCUUCAUACCAACGACGUCUCGGCCCCCCUCACUGCACGCAUACAUGCGCCCCGCACCGAUGGCGACAGCCCGGGCCCGCCAUGCUAUGAUCACCUCGGGAGUACAUCGACUCCAUCUGCCGUUGCUCCAUCCUGCACUAGUGGGGGCGAAUUCGACUCUGCCUGCACUGCCUCUUCGAUCCUCGAUCUGCAGAUGCGCUCAAAUUCUAUGCUCAGCGACGUAUACAUCGCUAUGGGCAUGCGCGCGACUGGACUCCUUGUAUACGCUUUGAUGUCUAUGCUGUUUGUUGUUGCGGCGCUGGUCACGACGGACAUAGUCCCGGCAAAGACCGGCUAUCAUACAAAGCCUCCAAACAACCCUCGUAAGCGGAGGCUACUGAGGUGCGUGCACGGCAUAUCCAGGCGUAGUCAGAAAUACCACUGCAAUUCAACGACCAUCAUUAGCACUGCGGUUCUUGUACCACAUAAAUCCUCGUGCGUACCUGCAGGACUGGCGGUCAGAGUCAGCGAAGUGACAGGUGUCCAGCUCGCAGGAUACUGGAUGAUGGGCAAGAACUGGGGGGAAGAGUGUACUGCGCUGGACGUGGUUCGACCGGCAGAGAGAUGGGUAUCUGUCGAGGUGCACCUGGCGGAGUGUACCGUACUCCGCCCUCUGGACAUCGUCCAUCUGGUCUCGGAGGAGACGCAAGAUGUUCAGCGCCUCCGACGUCAGGCGCUGUGCCCUUCGGAACUUGCCAUCGCUAUUCAAGAAGAGGCUAGAGCCAUGGAGGACGUCGUUCUCUACCGUGGUAACAAUUUCGUGAAUCGUGUGAGCAACAAGAGGAGACAGCAUGGCUGCGACGAGAAGAAACUUGACGGUUCAUACGUAUGCAUUGCCAGUACAUAUACUCCUUCGCAAGUAUGCUUCUAA